AUGGUUGCUUUGAGACCAUUCAUUUUAUAUUCAUACCCUUCAAUUUUAUUCGGAGCACUCAUAUACUCUCUUGCUGUUGUUUGGUUGAUUGUGAUUUCUGAAACCAUUAGUGAAAUUUUUAGACACCCACCAUAUGGGUAUGAUCAACAGACGGUUGGUCUCUUUUAUAUCUCCCCUUUUAUUGGUGGUAUUUUGGGAUCUUUAUCGUGUGGUUUGAUAUCUGAUAGAGUUUGUCGUUAUUUCAUUUCCAAAAAUAAAGGUGUUUAUGAACCAGAAUUUAGAUUAGUUAUGCUUAUCCCAUCAACAUUAUUUAUUGCCAUUGGUCUUAUGGGAUAUGGAUGGUCUGCACAAGUCGCAAACCCAUGGAUUGCACCAGUUUUAUUUUUUGGAUCAUUAUCAUUUGGAAGUUCAAUGGCAUCAACCACUGCAAUUACAUUUGCUGUUGAUUCUUAUAAAGUCUUUGCAGGAGAAGCAUUGGUUUCCUUCAAUUUCUUGAAAAAUUUAUUAGGUUUUUGUUUUUCCUUGUUCAACAACAGAUAUGCUGAUGACGAAGGUUACCGUGCUGCAUACGUUACCUACGGAGGAAUUCAAAUAUUUGUAAGUUUAUUUGCAAUUCCAUUGUAUGUUUACGGAAAGAAGCUUAGACAUUGGACCGAUAAAACAGAAUCAAUGAGAUGGUUAUAUCACGAAGAAAAUGUUCCACCUAGUGUGGCAUCUAGAAACAAGCUAGACAAUGAAACAGAUAGCGAUUUAACUCACGCAAAUACAACUGUUCAACAGGAUUGA